CGAGCUCCCCGCACGCAGCCGGGGCUUCCCCGGCACCUGGCGAUCUGCCCCCCGCAAAGCUUGGGGUUGGCCCCGGGAGGUGGGGGAAGGGAGCCCGGAGCCAACUUGUCCCAAAUCCCCGCUCCGCAGUUGGAACUGAAAUCUCCCAGCCCCGGUUUAUUUUUGCUGAUUAAAGGGACGGACCUUGGUCCUGCGGCUGGGUGGCUGUAUAGCCUCCCACUCGCUCUGUGCCAUCCCCUUUCUCCUUCCUUUCUUCCUCCUCCUCCCUCCUGCCCACACCAUGGAGUUUACGGAGAGGAAGAGGAGCAGGAAAUCCCAAAGCUUUAAACUGAUCAACCAAGAUUAUCAUCACGAGGUAUACAUGAUUUCUGACUACAGCAAUGAUGUUAAUGGGGAAACCAAAGAAACACAACCGGUUUUUUUAGGAGAUGAAAGCCGGGAAAUUAAAAAACAAAUUACAGGGAUGAGAAGAUUACUGAAUGACAGCACUGGAAGAAUCUAUCAGCGAGUUGGCAAAGAAGGAGAAAAACUGAAGGAAGAACCCCAGGAUUUAGAUACAGCAUGGGCCCAACGCCUGACCGCCCUAGCAGACUCCCAGGCGAGCCUCCAUCCUUCUCAGAGUGGUGCAUGGAAUGAAGUAUCACCUCAAGCUAGCCAUUUUUCAGGGCAAUAUGGGACUCGGUCUAAAACCUUCCAAAAUCAAGCAAGAGCUGCAGGAUCUAAUGGAGAAAUUCCAGGGGUCAAUUCAUCAGUUGGACCAAACUGUUGUACUUGUAAUUGCCAGUCCACUUUGCAGGCCAUUCUCCAAGAGCUGAAGACUAUGAGGAAGUUAAUGCAGAUUCAAGCAGUUGGCACUCAAAACAGACAGCAGCCUCUGAUUCCUCUGAUCUGUGCACAGAAAUCAACAAUACCAAGGAAGAGAAAUAAAAAGAAAAAAAUGCCCCAAAAGACUCUUGAGCCUAUUACAGUGAAUAAGAAACCCAAUACUGUAGAGAAUGAAAAGAAGUUGUCAGUAAACUCUGAAAGAGCCAGCCUGCAAGCAGCUGAACAUACUAUAAAGCCGGAGACCCCUGUUUCAGGAUUUGGCAUCAUUCUUGAAUCCUCUUCCUCAGAUCCAGAAGUGCAACUUGCUGAAGGCUUUGAUGUUUUUAUGCCCAAAUCUCAGCUGGACUCUAUAUUGUCAAACUAUACUCGCUCAGGAAGCCUGCUGUUUAGAAAGUUGGUGUGUGCGUUUUUUGAUGACAAGACUUUGGCUAACUCUUUACCUAAUGGCAAAAGAAAAAGAGGACUUAAUGACAACCGGAAAGGACUAGACCAAAAUAUUGUGGGCGCAAUAAAAGUCUUCACAGAAAAGUAUUGCACUGCUAACCACGUGGAUAAACUUCCUGGCCCCCGAGACUGGGUACAGAUUCUACAAGAUCAAAUUAAACUGGCAAGAAGACGGUUAAAAAGAGGCUCAGCAGAGGCGACUGACUGCGAUGAGAAACCAGACAUUUCUCUACUACAAACAGGUAGCAUUCUUGAGAUCACGACAGAUAAGCCGGUCGACUCAAAACUAGAUUUUUCUGCUUAAAUUUUACUUUCUACGUCAGUGUUUCAUUAGCAGAUAUAAACAUCCUUCAGUUUGAACAUCAUUCCUGCAAGAUCUGUGUAAGCAUUUCUGCAUGCUUCCAAGUGGGGGAUGUUCCGUGCAGUUUUCCCUUCAAGUUUGGGUUGUUCCACCUUUUUUUUAUGAAGCAUAGGAUAACAAAGCGACCAAAUUGUUUCAAGAUUUCUCAUCAUAAUUAGAGGUGAUUUUUUUCAAUAUCCAGUUCAUUGCCUAAUUAGUGUGGUAUCCACUGCAAUUGAAUAAAUUCAUUUGCCUUUGUUUUUCAUUCAUGAUUGUAUUUUCCCACAUGAUUGUAUGCUUGCUAAUUGUAUUUCAUUUUAAAUUAUACAGAAGUAAAAUUAACAGUUUAGGGAGCUGUGAUGGAAUUUUCCCCUUCAUGGGACGAGGAAGCUAAUAAGAACAUUCAGUUAUGGGGAUUGAUUUGUUCUUGUUUGUUUGAAAGGCCCAUUUUUGCUUUUUGUUCACCAUUUCGCUAUGUUUGAAGAUGGUACAAACUGCCUGUUGAACUAACAAGGCACAUAUUGUAUUUGGACAUAGGGAGACUAGAGCAGGGUACGUGCUGACAAUAUCUGUUUCCUAGUGGAUAAUAUACAGAAUGUAUUUGUGAACUGAGUGGCGUUCUCAGCCACUUUCUGGUGCAGUAGUUCUCCAGAGUUUUUACUUCAUAAGACCACUCUUCCCCACAGCCUCACACAAUGCCCCGCUGACUGAUUCUCAACGCAUUUUAUUUUGUAGACCACCAGAAAAAGGGUUCAUGGACUCUGCUGGUCCACAGACCAUCAUUUGAAAACCACUGCCCUUGUGGACAUAUGUGGACCUGUGGACAUGUAUACACCUACAUAAACCAUCAUUACUGUCUUCUGUUGACAGUCUCAGCAGUUAGGAUGAGUUAGUUUGACCAAGAGAUUAACUACCCUCUCAACCCUCUGUGUGGUCCCUUCAGGUCCGGACUGAGGCUUACUGAUGUGGCAGGGUGGGGAAAACCACACUGCUGCUUCUUAUGCAACAUCUCCUGUUGCCCUCUGCACCUUUAACUAUGCACCUUCACCAGCACUAAAUUCACUUUAAAAAAAUAGAGAGAAAAAUAUAGAAAGUAUCUUAUUCCACAAAUAUAUUGAUCACCAGCCAGUUAACUAAGAGUAUAGUAUGUGUGUUUCCUGUAAUGCUACGGAGUUCAGUAGACUUCGCCAUUGUGUUUUGUUUUCCUUUGUAUAUUUUCAGCCCAUCAUGAUGCUUUCUCCUUGAAACUAUUUGGUCUUUUUUAUCACGUGUUUUAACAAAGUGCUUUUACAGAGUGUAAAAUUUUUCUCAAAAUAUUUAAAGGGUUUUUUUUUUUGCUGCUUUUCAAAAAAAAAUAUUUGUCAAAAUCAUUAACUAGCCUGAAGACGAGCGGCCGGAUGGUCACAACUGCUGAAUACUCACAACUAACACUGAAGCCAACAGAAACUACUGAUUCUCAGCACCUUUGAAAAUCAGGCUGUUGACCUUUCUCUUCCUGUUUUAAAACACAUGUACUAUUAAAAGUAAUGAUGUUCUCUUUAAAAUUGUGGACUAUAUUGAAUGUGCACUGCAGACCUUAAAGAGCUUUUCCUUCAAAGUCUGAUAAGACUGCUUCCCCCGUGACCUGGAUUUCUGAGCAGGGCUGUGGCAAUCUACAGUCUGUGCAGUGAAUCUACCAGGUACAUGUCACAACCCUUAACUGAUGGAAUCAGCAUUUUUGUAAAUUUUUAAAAAUUGCAUUUGUGUUUACUUACUGUGACUACUGUUCAGACUUUCUUCAGCAAUUUUUAUAGGGUUUAUUAGAAAAAUCAUUCCAUAUUUAGGUAAAGCAUCUCAAUCUUCUGUAUAUAUGUUUUAUUAAUAUGUAAAUAUUUAGAUAUUUUUAAAUUGCUAUGUUCUUAAUAAAACAACAAGGGGCUAGUUGUGAAAUGGUGUAUAACGUUGUGUUGUGUUAUCAAUCUCUGGGAAAUCCUCUUUGUCAGUUCAGAAAAGAAAAACCCACAAUAAAUUACUUUAAUUGA